UCAGCUCUUAUCUUAUACGAGUAUCUACUCACCUUCAACAUGGAAGUCCGUCUAGUCUGGCGAAGGAAGUUCACAGCCGCAACCGUUCUCUUCCUUCUCAACCGGUAUAUCUUCAUCGUUAGAUACUUCAUGACAGUGGCCGUCGCACACUCGCGCACCCGAUCAUCCAUUUGGAGGAUAAUAAAUGUUCUGGUGGUGCUCGGUUAUGUCAUCUGGGCAGUUUUCUCAACAUUGCGAGUAUAUGUCUUCUCAAGAUCAAGAAUAUGGUUGCCCGCUAUCGUCCUAUUCACAUCUCUUGUACCGGUGGCCCUCGAGACAGUAUGUGCUGAUCUUCUACAACGUGCUCUCUUAAGAAUUGUGCGUACUAUGUAUGUGCAUCGCCCGUGCCCUGUACUCAUGCAGGGACGCCUUGCAGUAGCCUGGGUCAAUCGCGUUGUCAUGAUGUCUGGUGACGUACUCGUUAUUGUCAUCAUAUGGACCAAGACUAGUAGUGCGCGGAAGGCGGCCCAAGAAGCUGCCUUCAAGCGGUCGUUUGCGGCGUUACUACUUCGCAGUGGU